GGGCAGCGUCUUGUCUUGGCCUCACUGUAACGAUGCAAACCCUCGAUGAAGUAGACCUCUGUUUCCCACAACUCCUCAACGCCUCUUGCAGGAAGACGGCAUUGCCUCCGGCUGUGUCCAUGAUCACUUACAUCAUGCUGACAUUCAUCGGUCUGCUGACUUUGAUGCUCAACCUGCUCGUCAUUGUCUCCAUUUCCCACUUCAGGCAGCUCCAUACCCCCACCAAUAUCCUCCUCCUUUCUCUGGGUAUCUCAGAUUUUUUCGUGGGUUUCCUUAUUUUCAUUCAAACCUCGGCGAUAGACGGCUGCUGGUUCCUCGGUGACUUCAUGUGUAUUGUGUAUUACGUGCUGGAAUACAUCAUCGUCUCUUCCUCGAUAGGAACCAUGAUCCUCAUAUCAGUCGAUCGCUAUGUGGCUAUUUGUGACCCAAUGCAUUACCGAACCAAAGUCACUGAAAAAAGAGUUAAAAUGUGUGUUUGUGCUUGUUGGGGGUGUGCGACCCUCUGUCACUGUGUGCUGCUGAGGCACAACCUGAAACAGCCAGGCAGCCUGAAUUCCUGCAUCGGAGAGUGUGUCAUUCUAAUCAAUAACAUCUCUUUAGUCAUUGACAUGACUGUGUCCUUUAUAGGUCCUGUCAUUGUCGUUGUCGUCCUGUAUCUCAGAAUCUUUGUGGCAGUCAUCGUUCAGGUCCGUGCCAUGCGAGUGCACACGGCAGCUGGUCCUCAACAGACUUCGAUCAAAGUAAAGAAAUCAGAAAUGAAAGCGGCGCGGACUCUCGGCGUUGUUAUUGUUGUGUUUUUAUUAUGCCUCUGCCCAUUUUUUAGCAGUGCGGUGACAGGCGAGGACAUCCUGCUCAAUGUGUCAAGUGAUGCAUUUGUCAUACUUUUUUUCGACUUUAACUCCAGUUUAAACCCACUGAUAUAUGCCUUUUUCUAUCCCUGGUUUAGAAAAUCUAUCAAACUAAUUUUUACACUACAAAUACUGAAGCCUGGCUCCUCUGACUUCAAAUUAAUGUAAAGCCAAUGGAGCUGAUGAGUAGUUUUUCAUAAUGUAGGGAUCCUACAGAGCAAUAGAGAAACCCAGUGAACAGAGUAAAGUCUAGACAUAAAUUAAACAUAAACUGUCUGCUUAGGUGGACAUUAGAAUCUCUUCUAUGCUUUAACCCUGGGUUUGGAAGUGUGCACAUAGUGUUGCAUGCAACAUCCCAGCCAUGUGAAAGCACAACAUACGUGGGAAAACUGAAAACCUGAUGUCCUUUAUUGCCCAUAAUGCAUCGUAUAUGUCACAUAUUGUGUCCAGAAUGUUAUAAAUAUUGCACAAGUCAAUUCCCACAAGUUUUCUGCCCCUAAAUGUCAAUUUUCCCGUCUCAUUUAUGCUUUUAUCACUGCACUUUAAGCUUUUUUAACAUUCUGUACAUGUGCCAUGACUCUCUGUGACCAAGAUGUGAUUUAAAUAGUUGUUUUUGUUCUGUUUUUGUAUCUCCAAGAUAUGAGUCAUAAAAAUGUGUGAUGGUCAGUGAUAAUCUCUUGUGCAUUUUUAAGGAUGUGUUCUUGAUGAAUUUUGCAAAGCCGGUGUUUGUGCAAAUUUUAAUGUAGAUUAUAAUGUAAUUAUCUUGAGUUAAAUUCACAGCAUCACAAUGAAAACCAAAGUGAUGAUGAUGUUAUGAUGAUAUCUGUAAUAUUAAGCUUGAAUGAUCCUGAAUGAGUCUCUGCAUCAGAGAGCUUUGUGUGUGUGUAUUCCUUACGUUGUGCGUUGUACAUUUGCACUGUCACAUUAUGGGCAUGUGUCUUCCUCAUGCAGACAAACUACUUUUUAAGGUGAAGACAUGUUUUAAAGUUAGGCUGAGGUUACAAUUUGUAUAAGGCCACUAGUAAUUGAGGUCAAUACAGUGUCCUCUGAAGUAGGACUGGGUUUUGCUACCAAUUUCAAUUUGGUCCACAAUUUGAUUUGAUUCAACUCUGAUUUAAAUUGGAAUAAUUUGGUAACAGUACCACUCUUAGUGGGAAAUGAAAACAUUUUUACAGAAUUACUAAUUAUAAGCGUUACUACAAAUCUAUGUUUUGGUUUCUUUCACUGAGAUACAACAGUUGUUCUCAAACAAUAAGCACUGAGAAUCCCACUCAUCCAUGAAUUUAUGACCCACACUGUUUAAACUCAUGUUUAUUUCACAAAUACCUUCAUGCAAGGCCCUACAUUAAUAUCCUGUUUUAUGUAGGUCGAGAGGUGAUAUACGAUGUUGGUAUUUUAUACGAAAUGUGCUCAAAAUGUCUAGUUUUCACUUGAUUUUGUUUAUUUUGCAGAGUACAAUACAUAAAAAUGAUAAUAUGAAUAUCUUGAAUGAAAUUCAAAGCAGUAACAAUGAAAGUCAAAGUAUUGUUGAUGAUGUUUUGAUGAUAUAUGUAAUAUUAAGCGUGGAUAUUCCUGAAUCAGUUUCUGCAUUAGACAUCUGUGUGUGUGUGUAUGUCUGUGUGCACCUGGUACUCCUCAAGU